AUGUCUUCAAAUAUCUUGGCAGUAGCUGCCCUGGGCUGACAUUUCACCUUAGGGAGUUUGUUUUUUUCACUUGUUGUCGGUUUCACACUGUGGGAUUAUGAAGUUCUCCAACAGAGCACAGUUGAUUGCCCUCAGCCCAGCAGUGCUUUUGAAAUCAUUGCAUCUGAUUCCAUUGAAGACAAGUUUUCUCUGCUGGAUGUUGAAGCGUCUCUGAAAGCCAGUUUCCUGGGUGGACUGAUUGAAGUUGGAGGAUCUGCCAAGUAUCUGAAUGAUACAAAAAUAUUCAAGAACCAGAGGAGAGUGACACUUCAAUACAAAGCCAAUUUCAAACAGUUGAUGACUGAUCUUGGAAACAACCACAUUCAGUAUUCAGAAUUAUUUGAGAGCAUCCAGGCAACGCAUGUAGUGAUAGGCAUCCUUUAUGGGGCAAAUGCUUUCUUUGUGUUUGACAGUGACAAAGUCGAUUCUAGCAAAGUUCAGGAAAUCCAAGGCAGAAUGGAAGCAGUGAUAAAAAAGAUUCCCUCGGCUGAAAUUUCAGGGUAAGGUGGUGUCCAGCUAACCAGUGAAGAAAAUGCCAUAACCAACAACUUCUCCUGCAAAUUCCAUGGGGACUUCUUUCUUGCAAGCAACCCUACAACUUUUCAGGAUGCAGUGCAAACCUACCAGCAACUUCCUCAAAUGAUAGGGAAACAAAAUACUUUUCCAAUGACAGUAUGGCUCAUGCCACUGACAAAUUUUUAUUCUGAAGCACCUCAGAUGGUCACUGAUAGCAGCACUCCAAUAUUUGGAGAAGUUCGCAACACUCUGGAAACCAUAAGGCAACUGGAAAUGAGAUGCAACAAUUCUCUAGAAGACAAAAUAGUGGAAAUGUUUCCACAGAUUCAAAAGAAGCUGUGCAAUUUCCAAAACAUCUGUAAUGACUACAUGUUAAACCUUCAACAGACCAUUGUGAAGAAACUUCUGUGCUUCUGGAGAGGAGAGGAAGAUGAAAGUGCAAUUCUGAAAGUCUUUGAAGAAAACCUCAAAUCACCAUUGAACAUCAACAGCUUGAACAUGUGGCUGGCAUGUGAAGAGAGAGAGAUCAAUGUUGUUAGGUCUUGCAUGGAUAUUAUGGAGGGAGCAAAGGUCAAGACUGUCUCAGGUCAGUUAAGUUAAGUUACGUUAAGUCAAGUAUGCACACUGAAUAUAUCACAGUGAUUAUGAUAGAACAGUGG